AUGACAACGCUCACAUUUGUCCACAAUGAGCGAUCUACAAACCUGACGGGCUUUUCCAUUCUGACCAGUGGCCAUGUCCAGCUUGAGAGUAGCCUUGCGGCCUAUCAAUGGCAAUUUAUCGUUGAAAUGGCAUGGUUUUCUUGCCUCACUCACUUGGCAUGUUUAACGUUGCUAUGGAAUCAUCUCUCUCGCCAUACCUCUGAACGCUUGUGGCGAUUAUUUGCUAUGGGUGCGCUAGCCACACUGGUGACAUAUGGUUUGUUUUCUACUGCGAACAACUGGUGGAUCUCUAACGAUUAUCACCAAGGCCUCCCUGCAAUUUGUCAUCUAGGUGUUUCACCGCGGCCCCCAAAGCCCGGUCUCAGCUGGUAUAACAGAUUUUUGUCAUCUCGCAAAGCCGUGAACUGGGCAUUCUGGUCGAACCUGGUCUCUAUUUUGUUGAACUUGAUCGGAUUCACCUCCCGGGUCAUCAAAUUAUACAGAACUCUAUCCGUGAACAUCUUUGGUCGGGCCAGGCUCUGCCUUAGUGCUCAGGUACGGCAUAUCUUACGUGUUAUGUUCAUCUGGUCUUCUCGAAAUGGCUGCAAAGGCAGUUUGAAACGUUCACUAAUCUACCCUCCCCUCCUUGCCCUAUUCUUGACGGUGCGGUUUAUUAUCGACGGAUGGACCUCAGUUCUCUGCGAAGUUUCACUAGCAAGCCUCACCAUAAAUACUGACCUAAUUCAGGUAUGCUGGCUGAUUACAGCCUUCAUUUGGGGGGUUUUCGUCUGA